GUACUUGUUCGCCAAAUCGCUCAACUCUUGGCGUCUUAUUAGCCGGCCUUCAGCUCCGUAACUUCGGCGUACAGCAUACGUAUACGAGUGCGGAGAGAGUGCAUCAUAACCUCGAUCGAACACAUACUGAUUUUUUUAUUCAUUUGGAAGAGUCAGAAGUUCAUUCUAGUUUUCUCUUUUUCGUAUACUAACAACAAUGGCAAACUUGUCGUUGAUGAAACGAGCCUCAUCUCUAUUUCUCAAUCAAACGAGAUCAAUUCUCCAAAAGAGAAACGCAGCCACGCAAGCGAUCAAAGGUCAUCUCGUCGAGGUUUCUCAUAAUGACAAUAACGGAAUCACAACAGUGUCUAUGGGCCGAGCACCAGUUAAUAGUAUUAAUUUAGAGCUGGCUCAAGAAUUACGUAAAGCUUUGGAAAAUGCAGUUGAUAAUAACAGUAAAGGGAUCAUUCUCACAUCCUCAUUAGCUAGUGUUUUUUCAGCUGGAUUGGACAUCAUGGAAAUGUACAAACCAGAUAUCAAACGUUGCACUGAUUUUUGGUAUGCACUUCAAGAUUUAUGGCUGUCACUUUAUGGCUUGAGUAUUCCCACAGCAGCAGCUAUCAAUGGUGCCAGUCCUGCUGGAGGUUGUUUAUUGGCUCUUUCUUGUGAAUACAGAGUGAUGGUCAAAGGUGAGCAUACUAUUGGACUGAACGAAACAAAGCUUGGCAUUGUUGCUCCAAAAUGGUUCCAGGAUUCAAUGAUUAGUACUAUAGGCUAUCGACAAGCAGAAUUGGCUUUAUUGAAAGGAAUGCUCUUCAAACCAGAAGAAGCCUUAAAAAUUGGGUUAAUAGAUGAACUGGCUUCCGAUAAAAAUGACGCCCUUGCCAAAUGCGAAAAAUAUAUAAGUGAAUAUGCUAAAAUUCCUGCCGAAGCCAGAGAAGCAACAAAAAUGAGCUUGAGAAAAGAAAAUCUCGUUUGGUUGGAAGGAAAUAGGGAAUGGGAUACAACGAUUUUCGUAAAUUACGUUCAGAUGCCUCAAGUCCAAGAAGGCCUUGACAAAUAUAUUCAGUCUCUUAAAAAGAAAGCAAAGUAGAUGCGACCCUUACCAAAUAGAUGCAAUGUACCAAACAUUUCCAUAUUUUUAUAUAUACCGAAGAAUGUUAUUAUGGAACCUAACUCUAGAUCCUGGAGUUAUGCACUUUUUUAUGUAAAACCUAUAAAAUCCUGUUAAUGGUCUUUGCACUUAUUAAGACAUUUUUUAC